AUGGCCACCCACGACCAGAGACCCCCACAGGAUAUUGACUGGAAGGAACAACUCAAGCGAGAGAUCAUGGACGAUGUCCAGGCCCAGAUGAAGGGGCUUACGAAAGAUAUUGUGGUGGAGCUUAAACCACUACUGCAGUCAGCCUCCCCACAACCUAGUUCUCCAAAUCCAACUUGGAACCGGCCGUACUCACCCAGACCCUACAAUGAUCGGGACGAACAGGGUAGACCUAUUUGUCACCGCUGCAGAAAAGCAGGUCGAUUUAAAAAAUUGGGGCGGCUUUACUAUAUCGACGAUUCGGACGUGCAUGGUACUAAUGACCUUGCCCUGACUGUGGAAGAGGACGGAGUUGUUCAGGUGGCUUUGGUGAAUGCUAACGUUGAGCCCUUAAGCUCCGAACUGCCUGCAGAGAAGAGCAUACUGGGGGACCGGCCCGAUUUGUCUGCACGACAGCAGGGGGAGCUCCACGCCCUACUACAGAAGUGGGAGAGUGUUUUCGCGCAGCACAAAGAGGAUUUUGGGCGGACAAACAUAGUGCAGCAUAGAAUCCCGACAGGGGAUGCUGCCCCCACUCGAGAGAGGUAUCGGCCGAUUCCACCCAUGCUGUACAAGGAGAUGAAGACCCUCCUCGCAGGGCUUGAGAUCUGCGCUGGACGGAAGGAACAAGCGCGGUUUGGGGGAAAGCUGAGAGGCCAAAUCGAGCAGUGGGAGAGCGAGGAGCUCUCCCUGUCAGUGAGUACCGCCAAACGCAGCACUCCGCUAUACGGAGUGGCCUUGGGCCUUAGCGGUUGGGUGUAG